AUGAAUGCCUCGAGAGCGGCCGUGCCCGCGACGCGGAUAGUUUCAAAACCAAUCAAACCUUUCUCGAGAUCAUGGAGCCGACCACUCUCGGCGGCCAGACCGGCCAUGUCUGCGGCUGCUCCGGCCUGCCACUAUUCUUCUCGACAGCUCCACACCCAGCUGCCAAGGCGAGCAGAAGCUCCAGCAGCGACAGACGCCUCGAACCCGGCAAUGUCCUUCCCAUGCCUCGAUGCGCUCGAGAGCAAGACAGCGACGCUGGAAGCGCGUUCUCAUGCUAGUGGCCCCGAGCCUUCCUAUACCAGUGGCGCAACAGAGGUUUACCACUGCAAAGACCCUAUACUGCUCGACUGGGGCGGUGUCUUACCUGGGUUCAAUGUGGCAUACGAGACCUGGGGCGAGCUCAACGCCGACAAAUCUAAUGCGAUUCUGCUCCACACUGGGCUCUCCGCGUCCUCGCACGCGCACUCGACAGAGAAGAACCCGAAGCCUGGAUGGUGGGAGAAGUUUAUCGGGCCAGGAGGAUGCCUAGAUACGGAUAAAUACCACAUUAUCUGCACAAAUGUUAUAGGUGGAUGUUACGGCUCUACUGGGCCAAGUAGCAUCGACCCGGCCGAUGGGAAGAACUACGCCACCCGCUUCCCGAUUCUCACCCUGAACGACAUGGUGCGCGCCCAGUUCCGCCUCGUCGACGGCCUCGGCAUCAACCAGCUCUACGCUAGUGUCGGCGCGAGUAUGGGCGGUAUGCAGUCCCUCGCGGCCGGCGUACACUUCCCUUCCCGCGUAGGCCGCGUUGUAUCGAUCUCAGGCUGUGCCCGCUCGCACCCUUAUAGCAUUGCGAUGCGACACACACAGCGACAGGUGCUGAUGAUGGACCCGAACUGGGCGCGGGGUUUCUACUACGAUAGGGUGCCGCCGCACGCAGGGAUGAAGCUGGCGCGUGAGAUCGCGACGGUGACAUAUCGCAGCGGGCCUGAGUGGGAGCAGCGGUUUGGGAGGAGGCGUGCGGAUCCGAGCAAGCAGCCAGCACUGUGUCCAGAUUUCCUCAUUGAGACUUAUUUGGACCAUGCAGGCGAGAAGUUCUGCUUGGAGUAUGAUCCAAAUAGCUUGCUGUAUGUGAGCAAGGCGAUGGACUUGUUUGAUCUCGGCGCUGAACACCAACAUGCUACUGCUUUGAGGAGGGCAGAGCGGUCAGACAGCUUAGAGGCAUCUGGGGGGGACUUUUCUUCGUCGACGUGCAGUCUGGAUUUACCCGAGACGCCAUACGUAGAACAGCCUGGCCAGGUUCCUGUCGACCUUAACGGGCCUAUCGCAACGUCUACUGCUCCUCCCGCGGACUUAGUGAAAGGGCUGCAGCCGAUGCGAGACAUCCCCACUCUUGUGCUUGGUGUGGCGAGCGACAUCUUGUUCCCGGCAUGGCAACAGCGGGAGAUCGCGGAGACACUGAGAAGUGGAGGAAACAAGAGGGUGACACAUGUGGAGCUUGGUGAAGACGCGAGUUUGUUCGGACAUGAUACAUUUUUGCUGGACCUGGAACAUGUGGGGGGGAAUGUGAGAAGGUUUCUCGGUUGA